UUUUCAGCCAAAGAUGUAGAAAUAGUCUGCUAUUGGGGCAGUUGGUCUAUCUAUAGGGACGACAUUGGUUUGUUCAACACGGAAAACAUCGACCCCAACCUCUGCACUAAUCUGAUUUACACCUUCGUUGGACUGGGUUUGGACUCGAAUAUUGAGAGUUUGGAUAGCUGGGCGGAUAUCGAUAAAAAGGGUUUCUCGAACUUCACCGCUUUAAAGGAACAGAACUCUUGCCUGAAAACUACCCUAGCCAUAGGUGGGUGGAAUGAAGGGUCAAUAAAAUACUCUGUGAUGGCAUCGACUGAAGAAAGUCGAAAGUCGUUUGCUAAUAGCGUGCUCAGGUUUCUGGUUUACUACGGCUUCGAUGGACUAGAUAUGGACUGGGAAUAUCCAACAGCAAGAGGGGGAAUAGCAGCAGAUGCUGAAAAUUAUGUUGCUCUUUUGAAAGUGAUUAAGGAAGCGAUCUCACCUUGGGGCUUGACACUGACUACAGCUGUUCCAAUUGAUGACGCUUUGCUUGGUACUGCGUACGAUGCGUCAGCAAUGGCAGAAAUCGUUGAUUACGUUCACCUCAUGGCUUACGAUUAUGUGCCAUCCACUUCAAAAGUAACAGGAUUAUCGGCACCAUUGUCUGCCAUCAAAAACACUGUUUCUAACUGGAUAAAUGCUGGGCUACCUGCAAAAAAAAUGAUUUUGGGAAUACCAUCUUAUGGGCGAAAUUACGUUUUAGAAAAUGAAAAUAAGCAUGACAUCGGAGACCCAGUUCUUAAUGCUGGAUUACCUGGAGAUUACACUUCGGAGGAUGGAUUUUUAGCUUACUACGAGGUAAUGCAAAUCGUAAACGAUCAAUUCCUUUUUAUGGAAAGUGUCGAAAUAGACGGCACAAAUUAUGCUUAUGGUAGCGGAGAGUGGAUAACAUAUGAAACUGAGGCUACUGUACGAACAAAAGCGCAGUACGCUAUUGAUGAGGGUCUAGGAGGCAUUAUGAUGUGGUCAGUGGACACAGAUGAUUUUCAAGGACUUUAUGGAAAGAAAUUUCCUUUGCUCAGUGCGAUCAAUGACGUUAUAAAAAAAACAUAAAUUCAAAUAAAAUAUGUAAUGUAAAAAUUAUUUUUUAACCAAUUAAAAAUUGUAGAAAGUA